UGAGCGAGCCAGCAAGUGUAUCUAUCCAAAUUCCUCCAUACACUGAGUGUAAGUUGAAUCAUGUUUUGUUUUCUUCGUAUGGUAGCUUAAAUAUACCUCAUUCCUAAUAUUUAAGGCCUCUUUGCCCAAGACAGCCGACGGACGGGAGCGAGAAACAAGUUUGGUAGCGGUACCGCGCUCGGUCGGUUAGCCCGUCCGGCUCCCGGGCGAACCAGACGCCGUGAUGGUCGGGGUCAAGUCAGAUAAGAAUCAUGUCUGAUAAGAAGAAUCGUGGAGGACCAUACAAGACCGCGCCGGCAACCGAUCUCUCUCGAUGGCGCCUCACCAACGUGAAUGGACGACAAACCUGGAGAUAUUACCCGGAAGGGGAAGAGCCCGGACGUCCACAAAACUUUGUUGAAAAGUUCUCCCUUGGAAUUGAUAAUGAUGAAGCUCCACCACUGCCCAAAGCGAGGAAUGCCAAAGAAGCUGCAAAAAAUGGCAUGGAGUUUUACUCCAAGCUACAAACCGAAGAUGGUCAUUGGUCAGGAGAUUAUGGUGGUCCUCUCUUUCUCCUUCCAGGUCUUGUCAUAGUGUGUUUCAUAACUGGUGUAGCUCUCCCAGAUGCAUCCAAGAAGGAGAUGGUGCGGUACCUGCGAUCAGUUCAGUGCCCUGAUGGCGGAUGGGGAUUACACAUUGAGGACCAUCCUACCGUGUUUGGUACAGCAAUGAACUAUGUGACUAUGAGACUUCUGGGUGUGUCCAAGGAGGAUCAAGAUCUCAAGAAAGCAAGGAAACUCCUCUUGGAGAUGGGUGGUGCAGAGAGUAUUCCGUCUUGGGGUAAAUUCUGGCUCUGCGUUCUCAAUCUUUACCAAUGGGAAGGAAUGCACUGUCUUUUUCCUGAAAUAUGGUUGUUUCCUCAGUGGUUUCCCGCCCACCCAUCUAGUAUCUGGUGUCAUUGUCGUCAGGUGUACCUACCUAUGGGAUUCUUCUAUGGCAUCAAGUUCCAGGCAGAAGAAAAUGACCUUAUCAGAGAACUCAGGAAGGAAAUUUUCAAGGAAGACUUCUCCAGCAUACAUUGGCCAUCACAGAGAAAUAACAUUUCCAAGUUUGAUCUUUACACACCUCAUAGUUGGAUGUACAAUAUUGUCAUGGCCAUCUUGGAUUUUUACGAGACUUUCCACUCUACCUGGUUAAGAAAGAAGGCAUUGGAUCACUGCUAUGAUCACAUCAAAGCUGAUGAUGAAUUCACCAAAGGCAUCAGUAUUGGCCCAAUCUCUAAAGUGAUUCAGAUGUUGGUGAGAUGGCAUGUGGAUGGACCUGAUUCAGAAGCCUUUAAGAUGCACAAGGAUCGUAUCCCAGACUACUUGUGGAUUGGCUUAGAUGGCAUGAAAAUGCAGGGAACCAAUGGCUCUCAGCUAUGGGAUACAGCCUUUGCUAUACAAGCUUUCCUCGAGGCUGGAGCCGUUUCAGAUUUCAAAGACACCUUAAUCAACGCUCAUGACUUCCUGAAGAACACGCAGAUCCCAGACAACCCACCAAACUACCAGAAAUACUAUCGCCAGAUGAACAAGGGAGGCUACCCAUUUUCCACCAAGGACUGUGGGUGGAUUGUUUCUGACUGUACGGCAGAAGGUCUCAAGUCCGCUAUGAUGCUGGAGGAGAUGUGCCCUUAUAUCUCUGAUCUUAUCGGCAAAGAGAGACAUUGCCAGGCAGUGGAUGUCUUGAUUGAUAUGCGUAAUCCAGACGGUGGUUUUGCUACAUACGAGACGACCAGAGGAGGAUACAUCUUAGAGAAACUUAAUCCAUCCGAAGUAUUUGGUGAUAUCAUGAUAGAUUAUACCUACGUGGAAUGCACCGUUGCCGUUCUCCUUGCCCUUAAACACUUCCACACUCAAUAUCCAGAGUACAGGACGGAUGAGAUCAGAUCAGUCAUGGACCAAGCGUUCGACUACGUCGAAGGAAUGCAGAAACCAGAUGGAUCGUGGGAAGGGUCAUGGGGAGUCUGUUUUACUUAUGCUGCCUGGUUUGGUCUCGAGGGGUUCGGCUGUAUGGGACUCAGAUAUGAUAAAGAUCUUGCGAGUGCGGAGGUGAAGAAGGCGUGUCAGUUCUUGAUCUCGAAGCAGAUGGAUGACGGAGGAUGGGGAGAAAAGUUCGAGUCGUGCGAGGAGCGCCGCUACGUCCAGUGUGAGAAGUCGCAGGUUAUCAACACUUGCUGGGCGUUGCUCGGACUGAUGGCUGUCAGGUACCCAGAUCGUAAGGUGAUAGAUCGUGGUAUCCAGCUCAUAAUGUCGAGACAGUGUGAGAACGGAGACUGGCCUCAGGAGAACAUCAUGGGUGUCUUCAACAAGUCCUGCGCCAUCAGCUACACCAGUUAUCGUAACAUCUUCCCCAUCUGGACACUGGGACGCUACGCCAAGCUCUAUCCCAACGACGCCGCCUCUCCGUCCGAAGACAAGUCUGACAGCAACAGUUCAGACUGGGAAAAAUUGUAAUCGUGUUUUUCAGUAAUUAAUUGGCAAUUCCAUAAAAUAUUCAGCAACUUUAUGGCCCGAAUUCACAAAGGUGGUUUUGAAAACCCACGGUUGAAUCCAUGGUUUAUGCAGAUUUCCUGUAUAAAUUACGCUUAAUUAAGCGCGUAUCGGGUGCGUGUGUAAGAAAUGUCCCAUGCAGAUGCGCGAUUUUGUCACAGUGCGCCAAAUUGACGCCUGUUACCAUGGUUAGAUAUGCUAUUUUAUUAAUGAGUCCACUGUUUGAAGAGUGGACUCAUGAAUAAAAACAGUGGACUCAUUAAUAAAAUAGCGUGGAUAACCACGGCAACAGGCGUCAAUUUGACGCACUUUGACAAAAACGCGCAUCAGCAUUGGACAUUUUUUAAUAUACGCGGUAAAAUAAGCGUAAUUUAUACAGGAAAUCUGCAUAAACCAUGGAUUUAACCGUGGGUUUUCAAAACCACCUUUGUGAGUUCGGGCCUAUAUGUCUGACCCACAUUCUCUUCAUUUUUUCCAUGACUGAACAAUCUGCUCAAGCCUUGAUCAUUUGAGAAUAUUUCAUAUGUUUUUUUAUGAAUAAGAAAACAGAGACAAAUCAUUUCAGGAAGGAGGCAAAUUGGGGGUCAGAUUUCAUAUUGCAUGGAAUUGCCCUAUUUGGUUUAAUUUGCAGAUUUUCUUCUGUAGGAAUCAAGUUAACCAUAUCUAGGCCGGGGUAAUUUGGGAGUUCAUAUGGCCGGGGGGGGGGGGGGGGGGCCUCCCCUUGAGAUCUCGGUCGUCGACCGCGCAAUCGCGCCGAAAAUUGGCAGGCAGGUUGUCUUGGAUAUAAUCUACAAAAUUGUAUAGUAAUUAAUUUCAUGCAAAUUGCUAAUAAGUAAUUAUGCUAAUUUAUGCGUAAUUAGUAUGCGAAAUCAUACUUUUUUCUCUAACUCCCUCAAUAAAGCUCCAAAUGUUCCUAUUUUUGGCAUAGAAACAUGUUAACAUGAAAAAAAUUGUGAUAUCAGAUCAAUUUUUUAUGUAUUAUGUUUUUUUUUUUCUAUUUGUUAUGCGUAUUUUCGGAACCACGUACCCGGGUGACGCAAAAUUGGUCUCAAAACUUGCGAAAGACUUGAAAGAAAAAAGGCAGCGAGUGGCGCGGUCAAAAAAUCGUGCGGCGAAAAUAUUGCACGAAGCGUUGAGGGGGGCCUCCAAGGCCUAGAUAGGGUUAAAUUUCAUUUGAUGAAAAAUUAAGAAUUCAGAGCCCUGUCUUGCAAAAAAUAUUGCAAUAGAACUCUGUUUGCAAUUAAUCCAAUGAUUUUUAAAUACAAGGGGUGUUUCUCAAACAUGUAAGUUGAUAGGAUGAUAGGAAUUUGUAGUCUCUCUAAUACGAGUUAAUCUAUGAAAUGGAAGAAUAUCGUGUAUGUAGUAACGUAUGGUAUCAGGGUUCACAUAAAUGAUUGCUCAGAACAGCUAAUAGGCGAAUAGCAUACAUUAACGUAAAAAGGAAUCUCAUUCUUGAGAUACCUUCAUGGGAAAAGGGUUGAAUUAGAGAGAUAGGUCUUUUGAUUGCUAGAAAAAAAUUUAUGGGCAUUGCAUUGUCGGCUGAGCACGUAAUCGACUCCCACACAAGGGGACUAUACCAUACUUAGUAAAAUGCUGAUGAUGAUGAAAAAUGUAAUAAACAGCAACUCUAUAGUAUACAAAUAUGCCAGGCUUUGAGUGAAUAUAGCGGGAAUUAUUUAUCCGAGGUUGGACUGGCAUUACUGUUUUUCCUAGUACAAACAAGGAUGAAUGAUUCCCUCUAUACUUUCUAAAUAUAGGCCUGGUAUAUUUGUUUUAUAGUCUACAUCUAAUAAGUUAGAACAAUAGAUCUUGAUUAUCUAGUUCUUGUAUACAUAAUUCAUCCUUUUUUAAUCUGAAACAAAAUAUAGAUAACGUACUGCGCUGACUGAUCUACUUUUCCUGAAGCCAUGCGCUCAGCAAAACGCGGAUUGGUACCUGCGUCGUCCGUUCACGGGACUUGCCCGGUAGAGUCAUCUUGCGCCCGAGAGAUUGCAUGACCUGUGACGUCAAUGAUGGAAUAGUGCACUAUUUCAUCAUUGACGUCAUGGAAUAGUAAAUUUUCUUUAGUGGGCAUGUUAUUUUCAACAUCAUCGCAAAAUAGUGAGAUUAUGUUUGGUCACAUGAUGCUAUUUAGACCAAUCAGCAUACAGGAUUUAAUUUAUGUAGGAUAUAAUGUUAUUUAUCUGUAAGAAAUAUUCAAAAUAUACUCCCACUGAUCAACUAGUAAAAUUAUGGUAAGAUUUAAACAAUGUUCACUGUAUGUAUAUACAUGUGAAAAUUAUAUCUAAAUGCUGAUUAUAAAGUAACAACCAGGCUAUACUGAGUGUAAUGCAAUGAAGUAAGGUUCUGGUCUGUAUAUUUACAAUCUUGGCACGUAGUGCAUUGUGUGGUUGUAUUGAAAAAACUUUGAUGAAGAUAAUCAAGCAGGCAUUAAUUAAAUUAUGAUUUUUAUUUUUUAUUUUCAUCAUAGAUCGUUCCCUUUGUAGCCUACAGACUACUCUGAUUAGUUGCUCUGAUCAAUCGAUGAAAAUAAACCAAAAUUAAUCCCUUGUUUGUGUUAAAAGGAAAAUGAAAUCUUUGGAACAAGAUAGCUUGUGUGAAAACAGAAAAAUCAAAGAAACAGAUCAACGAAAGUUUGAGAAAAAUCGGACAAAUAAUGAGAAAGUUAUGAGCAUUUGAAUAUUGCGAUCACUAAUGCUAUGGAGGUCCUCAAAUUGGCAAUGCGACAAAGAUGUGUGAUGUCACUUGUGAACAACUCUCCCCAUUAAUUUAGUAUAUAUUUCACUUAAAUUGCCUCUUAUUACAUCUAUCCGUAGAUCAUGUGUUCUUUCUAUAGGAGGGCAUGUAAUACAGAUUUUGAAAGAAUACAUCAUGGAUAAAGAGUUUGUAUCGCCAU